ACUUAUUGCUAAAUUCAACAAAAAAGUCAUUACUCGAUCUGUUCCCGUUGAAGAAUUUUACUAUGAGGGAUGGUCAGAUGUUGAUCAAGAAUCAGAACCAGGAUGGGAUAUGGAAGAACUUUCUGGUUCAACUGGCAUUAAGGAAGAUUUUGAACCUUCCUCAAUGCAAGUUGAACAAGAGAAUCCUUCUGUUGAGAUAAUAGAAACAUCAUUCAAGAGUUAUACUUUUGAAUUCUUGUUGCUGCGGUUGAAUCUUUCGGAGGGAGAUGUUGUUACUUUCGUUGACCCGUGCCUGGAUCUGUUGGAUGGCAAGGUGAGAAUGGAAGAUUUUCCUCUCAUUAACGUCUGUUUGAUGGAGGAUUUCUUCUAUUCUUCGGACAAUCAAAGGCUUUAUUGCUUCAAGGAGGCGAUAAAGCGAGGGUUGGAUGUUGACAGGAUACCUGUUCGAAUAAGACAGGAGGUGGUGGUUAGCCCUUCGUCGAGAAACGGGAGGGUGAUUGAUGGCAAGGGCUACUGGGAAGAACAAGUUGAAAACUAUCUCGAUAAUUAUAUUAACAACUGGCAUGAAAGAAGACGAAAUGAUGAAAUAGAAGAACAUGAGGAAAGAGAAAAGCAAAGACAAUACGAGCGAGAAGAGAGACAAAAAGAACAUGAGGAACAAGAAAAACGAGAAGCAAGAGAACGUGAGGAACGAGAAAAGCAAAGACAAUACGAGCGAGAAGAGAGACAAAAAGAAAGAGAAAAAAGACAAAAAAGAGAGAAUAAUAUAUGCU